ACGAGCGACCUAGCGGACGUGUUCACAACGGGCCCGGCGCCCCGCGCGCCCGCGCGCUUAUACGGUGAACGCACGUCGCGAUGCUCACCUGUAAUUAAGGGCUGACACAUCGCUGAUAAAUGAGAACGGCGGGGCGUCACGGACGAGAUGGCCUCCUUCAAAGACUGGCUUACAGUAACGUGGGCGCAGAGCGGAAUGCACCUUCAACCCGACGCGCCCGGAGAAGAUUCAGACUCCGUGCGAGGACGCUAUGGCCGGGCCGGCAGCCUCGCGGUGACUCCGGGAGAGAAACUGAUGGAACUACUUCGUCCCAACGGUGGGACACCACGACGACAUUCGACAGCUGCAUGCGCGCCUCCACAACCAAAACCCUCAGGUUUUGUGUACUGCCCUUCAGACGCCCUACCGUACUGUCCACCUUCUAGGUUUGCACCAUCUCAUCAAGUCAACAAGCCCAGAGCCGGUUCCGUGUAUUGUCCGUCUGAUGCGCUGCCCUAUUGCCCGCCUUCGGGGUUCGCUACUCCGCAUCCAGUCAAAAAGCUACCACCACCACAAGUUCAACAGCCGCCUCAACCACCACCAGUACCUCAGAGGACCGCGCCGGUGGUAACACCCUUGCCGGUUCCACCACCAGCACCACCGCGACGAUCAUCACCGCAACCCCCACGCAGAGUACCACCUCCGACUCCCCCCCGGCCAAAUGCAACGACAACAGAUCCUAACGGCAACAAGCGACCACCGCCCGCACCACAGAAGGAACAAGGACCACCUAAACUCGACUGUAACAGAAACCCCCAACCACCAGCGAUAAGAAGGUCUCCACAAAAAAUGCCGGACACGCCAUACACACCGGCACCUGUACCGCAAAAUAAUCAAAUGAAACAAUCACCGAGUUCCUCAUCUAAUAUUAGCGUUAGACAAGAUUCAAAUGUAUCCUCUGACUCAUUUAGUCAGACUUCCUCUCCCUCUUAUACUACAAAAACUAUGGAAGCCCCGUUGCUACCGCACCAGCAUGUCAAUAAGAGCCUGAACGCCAAGAUAGCUCGGGGACUAUUACUCAAGGAGCAACAGGAAAAAGAAGCUGGGAACUCGUCCAUUACAAAGAGCAUGUCCACUCCGGCUUCACUGCAAACCAUAGUGAGAUUUCAAAACGGAAGCAACAUGUCUCUACAUCACAGAAUGCUUCGUGAUAUGCGCGGCACCAAUACCGACACCUCCGCUCACAAGUUUCGUCUGAUGCAGCUCGCUCUCAACGCGGUCAUGCUGCUAGCUAUCACCGGAGCUUUGUUCGCAUACUUUAAAGCGAACCCCGCUGUUCAGUAUGUGUCUCAAGCUGUGAAUUUGUCGGCGGCGGUGACGUGGCCGACGCCAACGGAGCCCCCGGGUGCAAGGAACCCAGCGCCAGGAGUCUGUCUGCCUGUCAUCGUUACCUUCUGUCACCAGCACCGCAUCUCCUACAAUUUCACUGUUUUUCCAAAUUACAUUGGACACUUCGGACAGAGGGAUGCACAACAGGACUUGGAAAUUUACGAUGCAGUUGUGGACGUUCGCUGCUAUGAACUGACGGCGCUUUUUCUGUGUUCUUUAUUUGUCCCCAAGUGCGGUCCACUGGGUCACAUGGUCCGACCCUGUCGGAGUCUGUGUCAAGAAACAAUGCGUCGUUGUGGUUUCUUUCUGGAAGUAUUCGGUCUUUCGAUGCCGGACUACCUUCAAUGUGAAAUUUUUCCGGAGUCUACUGACAGAGACGUGUGUCUUGGGAAUAGAGAAGUAAAGGAGGCGCGAUUUAGAGCUGCAAAACCAGUGUGUCCAACUGGUUUCCAAUGCGACAUGAACCGCUGCAUCCCCCACGACUGGCGCUGUGAUGGACACGUGGACUGCGCUGAUCGCUCCGACGAACUGAACUGUCGCGUCUGUAAAAGAAGCGGAGACGUCCACUGCGGAAACCAGAGAUGCAUCUCACAGGCACAUCUGUGUGACGGGAAGAUAGACUGCCCCUGGGGACAGGAUGAAAGGAACUGCUUACGUCUAAGUAAGGCAAACGGUGACGUUGGUCGCGGGGAGCUCCAAGUAUAUCGCGCCGCCAACCAGUCCUGGUUCCCAGCUUGCAUCACCACCUUGGACGAUCCAACUGCUUCCAAACUGUGCUCAAUGCUCGGAUACUCUUGGGUCAACAAGAGUACGGUGGUGGGUGGUGCGGGCGCACGAGCCGGAAGCGGGGUGCAGGCUCAUGGCGUGGCGCAGUCCUACCGAGCCUUCCAACGGAGCGAGGGAGGUCUAUUGCGGGAGCUCAAAGACUGUCGCCACGACUCAGCCAGGGUGCACCUCGUCUGUGAUCAUUACGAAUGUGGUAGACGGCGAACUAUAGGUGGAGGUACCAAGCGAAUAGUCGGUGGUGUUGAGGCAUCUCCGGGUGACUGGCCUUUCCUCGCUGCGAUUCUAGGAGGUCCUGAGGAGGUGUUCUACUGCGCUGGAGUACUGGUCGCUGAUCAGUGGGUCCUGACCGCUUCCCAUUGUGUUGGCAAUCAUUCAGAUGUGAAUGGGUGGACCAUACAGUUAGGUAUAACACGGCGUCGCUCGCACGCAUACUACGGUCAAAAAGUUAAGGUCCGAAGAGUUGUUCCUCAUCCGCUAUACAACGUGGGCGUCGCUCAUGACAAUGAUAUAGCACUGUUCCAGCUGGCAGUCCGCGUCCGUUACCACGAACAGUUAUCACCUGUUUGUCUUCCACCACCGCGGCCAGCUUUAGCUCCCGGUACACUCUGCACGGUCAUCGGAUGGGGAAAGCGAGAUGACAAAGAUAUGUCCGAGUAUGAGCCAGCUGUGAAUGAGGUGGAGGUUCCUGUACUACAGCGUGAGUUGUGUAACCAGUGGCUGGAGCACCGAGACCUGAAUGUCACCGAGGGAAUGAUCUGUGCUGGGUACCCUGAGGGCGGCAAGGACGCCUGCCAGGGAGACUCCGGCGGACCCCUGUUAUGUCGUGAUCCUAGUGAACCGUCUCGCUGGGUGGUGGGUGGAAUCGUGUCGUGGGGUAUCAAAUGCGCCCAUCCUCGCCUACCCGGGGUUUAUGCUUACGUCCCGCGAUACGUGCCCUGGAUACUAGCCCAGAUAAGACUUUACAACGAUGACUCCGCCGUCUCCGAGGACAUCUAACACAGACUCGUGACGCAGCGCGGCUCCGGGAAUGACAUCUGAAAUGAUUACCGCAAGUUUGAAUUCAAACCGCUUCUGAUUUGUAUGCAGCUACAUGAGAAGUCAAUUACCGAAGUGAUUCCUGUUUAUAUAAGUGUUAGAUAAGCCGAUGCUGCGGACUCGGUUCUUGAUUUAUAUGUAAUGUUUUAUGACAAUAAUAUGAUCGUAUGACAAUAAAAUUUAACUUAGCGACAAUAAAUAUUCUACUGUUGACAAUAAAAUGUAAUUUAUACACUAUCUAUGUACUAUUUCAAUUACUAGAAGGAUAUCGCUGGAAGUUAUUUACAUAUCGCUCGGGUAUUGUAUGGAGUAAAUUACUUGAUGCUGUGAUACUGAGACACCGAACGGUGACGUCACUAGUCAUGAACUAUGGUCGACCUUUUUUAUAACUUUGAACGUUUUCACGUCUCUCGAUACUUUUUCUCGGGAUUCUAGUGUCAGUAUUAUCGUGUUUAUAUACAGAAGUGUUUAGCGUAAGAUGCUUUAAUGUGACGACACGACAACGAUUCGAUUGAAAAUCACAAAUGUUAUAUAGACAGAACGGAUAUAACACAAGGAUCUCUGUACACGACAUUACAAUCUGCUGGUACGAGUCGUCUCGUUGUAAUGUCGGCCCUAAUGAAGUUUAUACGAGUCUCAUUUCUAUUGGAUCGUUGUAGUCGUGUUAGUCAAGCUUCUAUUCAUUUGAUGUUUGAUGUUUGUAGUUUUAGUAUGAAGUGCUUUUAUAGACGUAUGUACUUGAUGUCAUUUUCGGUGCGAGUAGAUAUCAAAACGGUAUUAUUUAGUGAUGUAAUCUGUUAGAUGGACUGUACGUAGUGAUAAGAGCUUUAUCGUAAUAACGAGUGUUCGGCUAGUUCUUCCUGACGAGACAAUAAGAAGCAAAACUUCUAUAACAUAUACUAAAUAAAUAUAACUAUUUUAUUAAUAGAUAAUUCUUAGUCAUCUGUUAAUGUUUUUACAUAAUUUUUAUAGAAACGUAUUAUAUAAAAGUCGAAUUGUACCGUAACCAAAUGUAGGGUAGCUGGACAAUAAUAUCAAAGUUUGUAAAAUAGCUUUAAUAGAUAUUAAGUAUCUAUAUAUAAUAUGAUGAUAAUUUUUGUAUAUAAUAUUCAUACCUUAGCACUAUUUAUU